AUGUCGAAGCCAGCAGUAUUAUUAAUUGGAAAACUUACACACGUGGAGAAGGAAUGGGAAGACUCUGCAACUUUUGCAGAACUAAAGACAUACUCUGGAUCUACUAGAGCAGAAUUCUUAUCCGAAUGCGAGAAAGGAACGUACAAUGGGGUCGUUGCGUUGUAUAGGAGCAAUGAAUCAACAUCGAUCACAGGUCCUUUUGAUGCUCAACUCGUGGGAAAGCUUCCGGAAUCCUUGAAAUACAUCUGCCACAAUGGCGCAGGAUACGACAACAUUGACGUAGAAUCUUACAUUCACAUAUCCAGUACUCCCGUAGCUGUCAACUCAGCUACGGCCGAUAUAGCUAUGUUCCUCAUGCUGGGAGCACUGCGCAGAAUCCACGUUCCAUAUUCGUCUAUUCGAGAGUCUAAAUGGCGAGGUCCAACCCCGCAGCUCGGCCACGAUCCGCAGAACAAAAUCUUGGGAAUAUUGGGUAUGGGAGGGAUAGGCAGAGAAGUGGCAGCUCGCGGUCGUGCAUUCGGGAUGACGAUUCAGUACUACAAUCGCAGUCGCCUACCCGAAGAGUUGGAGAAGGGUGCGAAGUAUGUAGGUUUCGAAGAAUUGAUUCGGACGAGUGACAUCUUGAGUCUGAAUUGUAGUUUGAGGAAGGAGACUGUAGGGAUUAUUGGCCCGAAGGAGUUUGAUAAUAUGAAGCAAGGAGUAGUACUUAUUAACACGGCUAGAGGGAAGCUGAUUGAUGAAGGAGCGCUUGUAGCAGCUCUUGAUUCUGGUAAGGUCUUCAGCGCUGGGCUCGAUGUUUAUGAGGAAGAGCCAAAAGUUCACGAGGGUCUCUUGAACAACCCGAAUGUUGUACUAUUACCGCAUAUUGGAACAGCGACGGUAGAAACCCAGAGAAACAUGGAGUUGCUCGUGUUGGAGAAUAUUGAAAAAGCCGUAACGAAAGGGGAGCUGGUGACACCGAUACCAGAGCAAGCCCAUAUGGAACAGUCAAGUACCGUCAAGUUGUAA